CGUUUCGUAGUUAUUGACCAGCGUAGUUAUCGAGAGGUUAUCAACGGUUUGUUCUUGUUAGUCAUCGGUCGUGCGGCGACCCGAGUACACACUGUACUUUGUAAUAUGAAAUCGAAAUGCGUUUAGUAUUAUUGCUCCUAUUGUCUGUGUCUGUGGUGUGUUUUUGCGGCGCAUACGACAUGAUCGUUGGAGACACGGUGCACCGGAAGAUGGUUUUUCAUCAAAGGGUCAAAGAUUUCGCGAUUCCAUUCAAGAAGAGAAUAAAGACAUUGAGUUACACCGACCCUGAGAAGCGGAUUAUUAAGGGUGUCGCAGCUAUUGACAAUGACUUCUCCCACGCCAGCGCUAACAUCACGGAAGGCGGUGUCGGCUACUCCUUUGUCACCGUCAGAAUGAAAAGCCAAAGACAUCAUCCUCUCAACUUCGAGGUUGAAAUUUACCUCUAGUCAAAUUUUACAGGAAAUUAUCUCGAAAUGGAAGACAGCGGUAACUAUAAAUGUGGAAUUAUAAAAGAAAUUCUUGUAAUUAGCUUUAAACCCACAAUAAUUUCCGUGUGUGAUAUUUAACUGUAAUCUUAUUGCGUAAUUGUUUCUUAGUUUGUAGAUUGUUUUAAAUAAGUUUAUUCUGCAAAGAAUGUAAAAUAUUUGCCACUAAUACUAUGAAGCUGCUAAAUUAGUUAAAGUCUCUAGUAUAUUUAUAAAAAUCUUCCAGAACUAUCUUAAGAUAUUUCAAAUAUAAAAUCUAUAUAAUUUCGUUUAUCUGAUAAAUGUCUCUCUAUUAACUAAUGAAUCUAUGAAUAUUGUUUACACAAUCAGAGCAUUGAUGGUGUACAAACACAGUCUCUGUUUAACAUCUGUAUAUAAACAAUCCAUUGUUAUUGGUUGUUUAAUACUAAUUAUUUUCAAAUCUUGUGAUUUAUACUUUCAUUUUCUGGUUUAAAUCCAUCGUAAGAGGUUAUUUAACCGAUUUCAAAUAAAAAAUAAGGAGAUUUUUAAUUCAGAUCGAAUGUUUAAUCGUUCUGGUUUUCUGAAUGACAAUGAUAUUGUAAUAUUAGUGGCAGGUUUAUUUUUCCUUAAUACGCUAUAGUUAAAGUUAAAUUGCCAAAAUGAUAUUCAUAUUAUUAAGGAAAAUGUAUUUGUAAGAUGUUAGAAAAGUCACUAAAAAAUAUUAAGACGUUUGUAUCGUAAUAAAGAAAGCAAGUCAUAUUGGUAAUUCAUUAACCUCCUGAGGUUUUGAUUAAAAAAAACCUUACCUAAAUUUUUUAGUUUAAGAUCUUCAAUAUGAGACUUAUUAGACGCUUUAGACUCGUAUGUAAUAUAAUGAUAAGUCAUACCUUUUCAAUAAUUACAUUUUUCCCAACUGUGUUGUAUUUAUAAUGGCUACAUACUCCAAAAUCCGUAGCUAAAUAUUUUGAAAAAAUAAUAAAAAUGUUAUUCUAGAAUUUUGUUAAGCACUGAAAACUUUAGUGAUGUAAGUUUAACAAUAGGAAUCUCGUUUUAGUCGGAAAAAAAUUAGAAAUAAUUAAAAUAUAUCGGAAGAAUUUUAGUUAAUUUUCUUUAAUUAUU